GGUAUUCUUCGUGGCAGUUGUUUUUAAAAACGUCUUGGAAAUAAACCAAAUUUGGCUUUUGGACGAGAAUUUCUAUUGGGAAAAGUGUUAAAACUUUUACAAAUGCAUUUGCAUCGAAAGAACGAAAACUUAUUAGCGCGUGAUGCACGCCAAUGUUCGUAAGCCCGCGAAAUCUGAGAAGACGCCGCGGCGCAAGAAGCUCGUAGAGCAACAAAGCAACGCUAUGGAUAUGUUCGUGACACCAAAACGUCAGAAAAAUGACGAUCUAGAGGUCACGGGUAUCUCCCGAAGUGGCCGUGUGAGAAAGAAAUCUUCCAAACUCGUUGACUUUGAAUCACCAGAUGAUUUUACGGAUAACAAGUACAAACGCCAAAAAGCACAGCAAUUACAAAAUCAACAAUUGUUGGACAGAUAUGAAUCCCAACAUAUAUCAUCAAAUCAAUCGAUUCAACAUGGAAGUACUGGAAGACAAAGGAAAAAUUCUAAUUCUAAUUCUAAUUCUGGACAACAAAGAAUUAAACAAGAGACAUUAUCAGAUGAAGGGCAAUCUUCAGCAUCAGAAUCAGAUGAUCCUUCUGGGUUCAAUGAAGAUGACAGAUAUAGUAUGGAUUCUGGAAGCGAUGAUGAUGUAGAUCCUCUUAUGAUAGAUGAUAGAGAAGCAGGGUUUAGAAAACUUGAACCACCUGGCCAAGAAACACCUUCACAAGCAAAUAGUUUAUAUAUGCUUGAGAAAUGUAAGAAAAAAUUAAUUAUUAAAGAUGGCAAAAUAAUAGGUAGAAUGAAGGCACAACGUAAAGACAAAGGGAAAACGAGAUUUACCGCGUACAUGUUGUGGGCUAAAGAAAUUAGGCAAGAAUUACUAGAGCAAUGUCCUUAUAUGGAUUUUGCAGCAAUUUCUAAACGGUUAGGAGAACUAUGGGCUACAGUACCAAAUCUGGAAAAAUAUAAUUGGCGCAGACGCGCAAAACGCUUGGCAGCAAAACCUCAUUCUUUACCUGCGAGUAAAGAUGAGCCUGUUUGGAAAAUGCCGCCACCUGCUUCGCGAAAAAAAUUCAUUAAUAAAAUUGGUAAUGGAAAAGAUCAAAAGCCCGCUACUUCCAAAAAAACUAUUCAACUAGGUCUACCCUCCGUUGUAGGAAAUGUUCCGGUAUCACCGCCAUCGAAUCGAAGUGGUAAAGAUUUGGUUAAUGAACCAAUGAUAGGAACAGGAAUGUAUAAAGUUGUUGGAACUCAACCUAUCGAUGUAGCUGCGCAUCUAAAACUUCUCGGUGAGAGUUUAACAAUCAUCGGUGAACGAUUGAAGGAACAUGAUGGCCAAAUAGCAGUAUCAGGCAGUCUAUCGGUUUUACUGGAUUCUCUGCUUUGUGCACUGGGUCCUUUAAUUUGUCUAACGCAACAGGUACCAGAAACUAAUGGAGCUAAACACGAAACACUUUCGCAAAUGCUUGACAAUAUUGCAUAUCUUAUGCCUGGUUUGUAAUAUAUGUAUAAAUACUCAUAAAAUAAUUUAGUAAUACAUAAUGUAAAUAUAAAAAUUGAAUAGAUAAACAUAGUCAUUAAAAUUAUAAAAUGAAUGAAUAAUAGAAGUUAAGUCAUAUAGUUUUGUUUGCUAAAAAAAGAGUUUAGAGUCAAAUAUUUGUUAUAUUUUGUCUGCUUAUGAAAAUAUGAAAUUUUAUAUAAAUAAUAUGUUUGUACAAAAAAUUAUAAUAAAUAUUUAAAUAAUUCUAUAACUAACUGUACAAGAUAAACAAGUAAAACUUAUUACUGAUCUGAUAAAAUAGGA